AUGACCAAAGCUGUUGGUAUUGAUUUGGGUACUACCUACUCGUGUGUUGCCGUAUGGCAAAACGACCGUGUCGAGGUCAUUGCCAAUGACCAGGGCAACCGUACGACCCCCUCGUACGUCGCCUUUACAGACACGGAACGUCUUAUUGGUGACGCCGCCAAGAACCAGGUGGCCAUGAACCCUCACAACACGGUCUUUGACGCUAAGCGUCUUAUCGGCCGCAAGUUUAACGACGCUGAGGUCCAGUCCGACAUGAAGCACUGGCCUUUUACCGUCAUUAAUCGCGACGGCAAGCCUGUCAUGAAGGUCGAAUACAAGGGUGAGGAGAAGUUCUUCACCCCCGAGGAGAUUUCCUCCAUGGUCCUCCUUAAGAUGCGCGAGAUUGCCGAGGCGUACCUCGGUGGCGACGUCAAGGACGCUGUCGUCACCGUCCCUGCCUACUUCAACGACUCUCAGCGCCAAGCGACCAAGGACGCUGGUGUCAUUGCUGGUCUUAACGUGAUGCGCAUCAUUAACGAGCCCACUGCCGCCGCCAUUGCGUACGGUCUUGACAAGAAGGACGCUGGCGAGAAGAAUGUGCUUAUUUUCGAUUUGGGUGGUGGUACUUUUGAUGUGUCGCUCCUUACCAUUGAAGAGGGUAUCUUUGAAGUCAAGGCCACUGCCGGUGACACGCAUCUUGGUGGUGAGGACUUUGACAACCGCCUCGUGAACCACUUUGUUCAAGAGUUUAAGCGCAAAUACAAGAAGGACUUGACCACCAAUGCGCGUGCCCUUCGCCGUCUGCGCACCGCUGCUGAGCGUGCCAAGCGCACUCUCUCGUCUGCUGCGCAGACCACGAUCGAAAUUGAUUCGCUUUUUGAGGGUAUCGACUUUUACACCUCGAUCACCCGCGCCCGCUUUGAGGAGCUCUGUGGCGACCUUUUCGCGCACACGAUUGAGCCCGUUGAGAAGGUGCUCCGCGACUCGAAGAUUGACAAGGCAUCGGUGAAUGACAUUGUCCUUGUCGGUGGUUCGACGCGUAUCCCUCGUGUCCAGAAGCUUCUCCGCGACUUUUUCAACGGCAAGGAGCUCAACAAGUCGAUCAACCCCGAUGAGGCUGUUGCAUACGGUGCCGCUGUUCAGGCCGCCAUCCUCACUGGUGACACGUCUGAGAAGACGCAGGACUUGCUCUUGCUCGACGUUGCCCCGCUCUCUAUGGGUAUUGAGACUGCCGGUGGUGUCUUUACGCCGCUUAUCAAGCGUAACACGACUGUGCCGACCAAAAAGUCGGAGGUCUUUUCCACCUACGCCGACAACCAGCCUGGCGUGUUGAUCCAGGUGUUUGAGGGUGAGCGUGCCCGCACUAAGGACAACAACUUGCUCGGUAAGUUUGAGCUUUCUGGUAUUCCUCCUGCGCCCCGCGGCGUGCCCCAAAUUGAAGUCACCUUUGACGUGGAUGCCAAUGCGAUCUUGAACGUCUCUGCCGCCGACAAGACGACGGGUAAAUCGGAGAAGAUUACGAUUACCAACGACAAGGGUCGUCUUUCGAAGGAGGACAUUGAGCGCAUGGUUUCCGACGCUGAGAAGUACAAGGCGGAGGACGAGGCUGCUGCGGAGCGCAUCAAGUCGCGCAACAACCUCGAGUCUUACACGUACAACCUCCGCAACUCGCUUGGCGAGGAGGCUCUUGCGAGCAAACUCGAUGCCGGUGACAAGGAUAAGCUGAAGGCUGCUAUUGAUGAUGCGAUUCAGUUUAUCGACAACACCCAAGAGGGCUCUACGGAGGAGUAUGCCGAGAAGCAGAAGGAGCUUGAAGAGCUUGCGAACCCCAUUAUCCAGAAGGCCUAUGGCGGCGCAGCGCCACCGCCGCCUGGUGCUGAGGGUGCUGCCCCUGAGGAUGGCCCCCAGGUUGAGGAGAUUGACUAG